CACGAGUCUCACAGAUAGGUGAUCACAGUUUCUUUGCGGUCCAUCGCCUCUUAAUCUGUUUGAACGUCGAUUUAGUGCAUUUGGCUUUCGCCUACGCAUAAGGUGAGGGUUUUUCGAUCGUCCGAAUCGUCCCGAUUGCCCCAAUUAGUUAGAUUAUCAGGACGUCCCAUGGCCAACCAACAGCUCGACUCGAUUGUGUUUCGCUCUCAGCUGAGUCGUGAAUGACAAAAUUGGCGUGGUUUCCAUAUAUAGUCGUUACGAUCGAUUACGACUAUUGAUCCAGUGGGAACAAAUUUACCGAAAGACCUUCGUAGUUAUUUCUCAGAUGCGGGUUCUAUUUCCCAUACAUUACCAUAGGAGAGUACGAGGGCAAGGCCACUAAAACUUGAACUCAUUCAUGCCUUCUAUGAGAAAGUACUCUAUAAGACAUUUAUGUGUAUUCUAUAUCCAAAAUUAUUCUUUAUCGUCCUCUGUUUUAAAGUCUAAUAUCUGAUGAAGCUGGUGUUCAUUUUUUGAGAGUCUUCAAGAUCAGGUUUUGCGAAAUUGGCAGUAUCCCAUCUCCUAAUAUGAUGCAUGUGAAAUUGAAAAAGUAUGGAUGCUUAUUCCGUACUUCCUGGGGGGUGCUUAUGAUUCUCCUGUGCUUGUAGUUGAAGCUUAAAAAUUUAAAAAUAACAGGACAAAUAGAAACAAGUUUUCCUUGUAUCCCUAGGAGGGGAGGGAGGUGGGUGCUUGUCUAGAGGGGCACUCGUUCAAUAUUAUGAAUAAGCACCGAACCCCUUCAACAAGACAAUUUUGUUUUUAUCAGCUAGGUUGGUAAUGGGAAUUGACCACCAUAAAGUGUUUCAAAGCUAAUGUUUAAAGCAUUAGCCAUUUGUCAGAACCAAAGACAAAAGGCUAAUGCUUCACUGUGAUGAAGGGCAAACGCUCGAACUGUCAGCUUUGAAACUCUUCAUGCUGGCCAAUUUACAUUAAUUACAUUACAUUAAUUAUCAACUCUGUUGAUAAUACCAAAAUUAUCUUGUUUAAGGGGAUGGAUGCUUAUUCAGGGGAGGUGCUUAUUAAAGUUUGGGCUCAUGUUUUUAUUGGUAAUCACAUGAUUUCGAGUGCAAUUUGGGAUAAAUAAGCAUGAGUAAAUUUUUUCAAAGACUAUUAAAUUCCACAAGUCCAUAGGGUGAGUCUAAUUUGUGGUCUUUGAAAAAAUUUAUAAGUGCUUAUUUAUUCAAAAUUGCACAAGAACAAUCAUGUGAUUACGUAUUAAUAAUAUACAUGAAAAAUACAAGAUAGCUUAUCAUAGUUAUGUAGAAGCAAAGCGUGCGCAUCAAGCACAAAAAUGAUUUAUUCAAACCCUGCAAGUGAAAUUGUUCAUUUGGUCAAAACAACUGCUUACAAUCAAAACGAUAAUAUAUAAUGAUAUUUUCACAUCUUAAAGAUGAAAAAAAAAUCAAAGUCUGGCUAAACAGUUCAGUCUGGUUGGUUACUUCUUUGCACUGAAUUAACCCUCUUCUGCAUUGAAUUACCUGAAAACUGCAUUUGUCCUAACCAAUCAGAACUGAGUAAUUUUUUCAUGUAUCUUCUUGGAGGAAAUACAGUUAACCUAUUUUUCUUCAUUGAUCACUUUUAGUCAUUAAUCAAUUAAACACUGCAUUUUUAUGUAACUUUUAGGGACAGAAAAAUGAGCAGUCAUUCAGGCUAUGAUGUUGCAGUCAUUGGUGCAGGGAUUUCUGGGAUAGCUACAGCAAAAUGCCUGUUGGAUGACAAGUUCAAGAUCAUUGUUUUUGAACAGACUGACCAUAUCGGAGGUCUGUGGCACUUCACAGAGCAUGGAUAUGGAGUAAUGCGAUUCACACAUAUGUAUGUUGGAAAAAUAACAUAAUUUAUUUUAUGAACUGCAGUGUUUUAUAAGGAUUUCUAGUCCUGAGAGAUGCUAUUACUGCACACAUGUAAAACCACAAUAAGCUGCUAAUGCAUCACUCACCUUUUGUGCCAGUUCAUUUAUUGUUGAGGUCAACUUCUCUUUUUGGUAAAGGCCUAUGGUGUUUAUGUUAUAAACAAAAAAAUACAUGGUUGCUUGAAGAAAUGUAAUUUCUCUUCCAUAGUUCCUCUUAAUAUGUCAUUUGGGAGAUAUCAAGUUGAACAUGAGCAGAGAAUUUCCACAUCUUCAUGCACUCAUGUAUUUUUCUCUUAUUUACUAUAUCUCUCAACUGGGCUGUAUUUCACUGUACAGCACACUAAAUUCACAUUUGCUAAUUGAAUUGAAACUUAUGGCCUGUAUACUUUGCUCUUAAGCCAUAAAUCCAUGCAGAAAAACUUGAUCCAUCACCUAUAGUAUCAACCUCAAACUCAGUUAGUGAGAGUAUUUAUCUCUGAAGAUAAAUAACAAUGUCAAUAUCUGAAAAAUGAUAAUUUUUUAAUUUGGUUGACAAACCCUCCCUCUCCCUCUCCACCCCUGCAAGUGACCAAAUGGCACUGGGCUUCAGUUUGCUUCUGAUUGGUCAAGAAGGUGGCGCAAAUUUUCUUGACUCACUGAAUGAAGUGAAACUAUCCAAAUCCAGAUUAUUUUCUCAUCUAGAUAGCAGGGGUCUGCAGGAAAAAAAGGCCUUGACUCUUUCACCCGCACAAGUGAUUCACCUGUAACUUCUUUGUGUAAUAUCCAUACAUUAUCCAGCAAACAGGCAAUGAGAAUGCUCAAAGUUGCUGUCUUGAUCUAAAACCAAAUUCUUGCUACUGAUGCACAAGAAAAUGUAAAGCAGCAAGAGGGGAGAAUUAACAAUCAGAUCUUGGGAGUUUAAAGGUUAACUGACUUAAGAUGCAACAUCUAAUUCUCUUUCUGUUUCAUAGGGAAUUACAAACCAAUUUAGAAGGAGAAUCCAGUAGUCUAUUUUAACCCUUUAACUCCCAGAACUGAUUAAUAUGUAACUUCUCCCAAUAUUAUCCAUGUAUUAUCCAACAAACAGGUGAUAAGAAUACACAAACUCAUCAGGGAGAAGUUGUUGUCAUGAUCUAACACCAAAUUCUUGUAACUAAUUUAUAAGUAAAUGUGUAGCUGCUAGAGGGGAGAAUUAACAAUCAGAUCUUGGGAGCUAAAGGGUUAAGUUACUUGGGGUAUUUAUUUCUGUGCACCCCUUCAGUUAAAAGUUUGAUUACUGGCAUAUCUCUUACUUGCAUGAUUCACUAAAUUCUCAACUCAGAAUUUUUGUUUUACAGAAAUGUCUCAAAACACAACUACUGCUUCUCUGACUUCCCAUUUCCUGACGACAUUCCUGAUUAUCCUCAUCACUCGCACAUGGCAGAAUAUAUCAACAGCUAUGCUGAACAUUUUGGUAUCCGAGAUCACAUCAGUUUCAAAACCAAGGUGGAUCGUAUUGAACAACUCCCUGAAGGAUGGAAAAUAAAAUCGGUGAAAGUUGACAAUGCAGGAAGGCAUCAGGGCGGUUACGAGGAAACAUUUGUUAAGUUUGUUGCCAUAGCAACUGGGCAUCAUGCCAAACCAAACAUUCCUCAUUUUGAUGGUCAGGAAAGAUUCAGUGGCCAAAUUCUGCAUAGUAUAGACUAUAAAGAUGCAAUCAGUAAUGAGCUCAUGGAAAAGAAAGUUGUGGUUGUAGGUAUUGGUAAUAGUGCUGUAGAUGUUGCAGUAAAUGUAGCAGAAUUGGGAAGGAAAAAACCCGUCUGUAUUUCUACAAGAUCUGGUGCGUGGGUAGUACCCAACUACGUUCAUGGCUACCCUACUGAUCAUUACGCAUGUCGUCUUUUCUUCUGGCUUCCAUGGAGCUUGUCAAAUUUUGUCUUUCAGUUGAUCAUUCAAAGUGUAGUGGGAAGCCCUUGGCGCUGGAAUUUAAACCCCAAAAUGAAAGCUCGUCAAACCCAGCCCACCGUGAGCCCAACGUUGAUUCAUCACAUCCAGCGAAGGAACAUUGAAGUUAAGCCUAAUAUUGCAGCAUUAGAAAGAAACAAUGUUGUUUUUACUGAUGGAACUAAAACAGCAUCAGAUGUAAUAGUCUGUUGCACUGGGUAUCAUAUUUAUUUGCCAUUUUUAGAUAACAAAAUUAAAGAUCAAGUUUUAGAGGAGAGCAGUAACAGAAUUAAGCUUUUCAAAAAUGUUUUCGCUCCAGAAAUUGGAGCUUCGUUGGCUUUCAUAGGUUUCACGCAGCCAGCUUCUGGUGGUUUACUGUCAGUUUCUGAAAUCCAAGCUCGAUGGUUUUCAGAGCUGUGCAAAGGAAAAACCAAACUUCCAUCGGCAGAGAAAAUGUUCCACAACAUGAAACAAGACCAGCAGAGAAGUGAGAGCACUUACUAUGCCUCAGCAAGGCACACCAUUCAACAAGACCCCAUUCCUUACAUUGACGAGAUUGCGUCUUAUUUCGGUGCAAAGCCGCAGUUAUGGAGACACCCAUCCUUGGCUUGGAAUCUAAUCGUAGGUUCUUGUGGGGCAGCGCAAUGGCGACUACAAGGUCCGCACAAAUGGAACAAGGCUAAAGAAGUUGUGCGUUCUGUUCCCAUCACUCCCCUAAUGCAUUAUGGGACCAUCACUCUGCUUGUGUUGAUAACAAUCAUUGUAACUUUUAUUCUUCUUAAAUUUUGCUAAUCCAGAAAAUUAACUCUUUACACCCUUAAUAUCAGUAUGUAUAUUCUCCAUACUGUUCUCUAUACAUUCCCUAAGGUGCUGAAGAGGAGAAUUCAUUUAAUGAUCAGUAGCUUCUUUAGGUGGUGAUCAUUUCCUUUACUCUCGUGACCUAAAUGUGUGAUUCAGGGGUGAUUUUGUAAGGAGAAAUUAGAUGUUAGUCACUCUUGGGGGAAAAAGGGUUAACUACGAUAGUAUUUGCUCUCUUGCUUUCGUUGGUUUUCCUUUUUUUCUUGAAGUGAAAUUCGUAACAAGAAAAUAAACAACCGAGAAUUGAGCCAAUUGCGAAAAUAAAGAAGCUUAACAACGGGAAUAUUAAACUAAACCGAACAGCGUUAUUAAAAUAUUGGAUUACACAAUGGGGAAAUGUCAAAUUAUACUCGUGAUGUUCCAGAAACAUUAGAGUUAGAAUCGGAUGAGGAGUAAUGGAGUGCUCUAGUUUCGAUUCGAAGCCAGAAAAAUUAUUUUUGCUCAACAUUGCCGACUUGACAGUUGUCCGCGCUUAAGUUUUCUUAAUAGCAACAAAUUUAUUGCGAGAAAAUGAUCGCCUUUUUUUUUAAUUCCUUAACAUAGAGAAGUACUUUUUGAGCAGUCUCAAUAUAUUGAAAUAAUUGACGAUAAAUCAUUUGUAACACUUUUAAUUUAGAAAUUAAGGAAUCUAUUGUGAGUAAACGAACUGUUUUUGAAUCCAUGAUCAUGGAUAAGUAUUUUUUGAGCAGUCUCAGUAUAUUGAAAUGUGUGUGGUUUUGUUAGCUUCUCUUGUUAACUCUGUAAUUAACUGCUGGCAAAGCAGGCAGCUUCGUCGGGUUUUCCUGGAAAUUUUGCAUCUCAGGAAACAAGGACUGAUCCACAACUGGAAUGAACGAAAUGCAGUAGCUCCAACGGUCUGAUAUUCGCUCCUACGCUUAAUUUUUGGGCAAGUACCAGAAACACAUUCCGUUUCAGGAAGUUACAAAAACGGGGAAUGAGGAUAUCGAUAAUGGACGCGAGAAAAUGUAUAUUCCGCGUUAUAAACAAUUCAUCUUCUUGUGACCUCUAAAUAAGAGUUAGGACUUUUCCGCCCGGCAAAGCUCGUCAUGCCGCUAACAGGUGCUAAAAGGGAUUAUAAGCGACUGAUAUCUAGGAAAAGCACAUAAUCUUUUGAGAGAUCUAGUGUACUGCGUCAAAUUUCCCUUAAAUAAAGAAAUUAAAUAUUUACGACACACCUUAAAAAUUGCUAUUUAAUAUCCUGAUGUUUUAAAAACCAGAAGGAAAAGAAAAGAUGUGAAUUUGAGAAUUUUUGGGAACAGAAAUAAAAUAUUUACGACACAUCGUCAACACUGACUAUUUUUUAAUUUUCUGUCAGUUUGACAAAGAGAGUAUAUAGAAAAUAAGUUUAAU